CUGAGCUGGUCGAGUCCAUACACACGGUAUAGUCAUAACGUUGGGUAUGAACUUCAAGGCGGAAAAUGAAUAAGUAACUUCGUUACAGCCUAUUCGGAACUCAGGAAAUCUAACCUCUUUAUUUCGAAAAAACCCUGAGCAAGAUCGCUACCACUCACUCGAACCGCAUUGACUAUUAUGCUCUUCCCAAAAAAUCGAGUUACUUAUCGGUGAUAAAGGAAAAAAAAAGGAAGUCAAAGAUUUUGCGGACUGAAUGCGUGGGGGCCUUCAAAUUGCCAGAGAGGCGAGAGAGUGUAGAUACGGUCGCGGGCAUAAGCGUAAAUUCCGGGUCGCAUCGGAGGCUUAUAAUUUAUGCUGCAUACUUACCCACCGGAUAUAAUGUUCGUUCCAAUGUGAAGAUGGUGCCGAUUGUUUUCUUGGCCGACCAAGGUUCCAUCAAAGAGAAACAGAGAUUUACAUUGAAAUCCGAGAGUCGCUAUCGCACAGAAACAGACACAAAUGUGAAUUGUAUCACUACAACGCUCAAGUGCAUUUAGCCCUCAGAACUCGCAAGUAAUAUAUGAUCAAACACUCGAGCAUUGUUCUUCGCAAUCGACCCUACCCUCCUGAUUUUGCUCCCGUUGUUUUCUACAAACUCAACACAUUUGAUGAACAUUUGAAACGAUUCCCGAGAUUAGAGCAAAUGUGAUGAAGACGCAGAAGAGCAUCACAGAAGAAGCGUUUCGUGACUGUUUACAAAAGUUAAAGAGGAAACACCCUUGGAAUUGAACAAGGAACUAUAGGUACUUUGCAGAAGACCGCGACAUAUAGAACUUCUCAAUAAAGUACAGUUUGUCUUAUGUCGUCAGUCUCCUUAACACUCCACAAAUGGCUAUUAUGAUCUCGUGUCUUAAAUUCCAUUAGCGUUGUACACAUCCCAGCAUUAUACGCUGUGAAUCUCCAAGCUUGCCAUUGUUGGGUAUCCUUUCUCUCGGGGUGCUCGAAAUGGGGUAAAAUGAUAAGUGUUAUUGCCAUAACUUCUUUUGUUUUGUGGUCGACAAACAUAUUUAUCCGUACGUUCUCAGUUUUUAUUUAUGUUAUAAUAUAGAAUGUAAAUACUGAUAGCCAACGCAAAAUCUACUUCUUAUCUGUAAAGUUGUGCCAAUAACCUUUAUAUCACAACCUUUUUAUAUUGGAAAGUAGCAAAUAAGAAAAAUUGUAUGCAGUCCCGUUUCUUCGUAACACCAAAUAUGAUUUUCAAACUGAUUUUAUUUGCUUUCCUCAUCAGUACUUCGUAUCAGACGGAUAUUGAAUUAGCACCUUUGGACAAUGAAACCACCACUGCGCUAGAAAAUGUUACCCAAACAGCAACCACAACCAAUACCACCACGACUUCCACCACUACUCAAAUACCAUUAACCAUAAGAGAGAAGUGCCUAAUCGGUCUUAACGUAAGCGAGGAUUAUUCUGAUACCUACGGAGCUGUUGGGGAAACAAACGAAACAUACCUUAAUUUCAUAAGUUGCUACUGGAAAAAUCAAAAACUUCUGGGAGAGAAUGGUGAGAUAAACUUUAUUUUACUAAAAGAAAUGAUCAGUCAGGCUGCGCGAAUCUCCGUUGAUAUUACUGACGUCCCUCUGUCAAACGCAUGGAUUAUUGCAAACGAAAUCAUGGAAGAAUGCAAGGAAACGAACGGCAGUACGCAUGGGGAAAAAGCGGUCAAAAUGAGAAACUGCAUGUAUGGAAAGCUUCUGUACCAGCGCGACAAAGAAUUCCUGUUGAAGGAAUAUGAAGAUAUACCCUACUUAGAAGUGUCAGAAGAGGCUUGCGUUGUGCAACUGAAAUUAGAUCCUUUGCUAAUUGAAGAUUUGAAUCGGCAUUACUUGGUAGUUGAAGACAACGUCGAAUUUAAAAACUUUUUAGAAUGUUAUUGGAAAGACGUGGAGUAUAUGGACAAAAACGGGACGUUAAACAUUCCGUUGCUCCAGAUAAAGCUGAACGAUGACAUUGAAAUGGAAUUUUUAUCGCGCAGUAAAGCGCCAUAUUUGACUGACAUUUUAACGAAUUCAAUUUUGAAAUCGUGUAAGACAAUUAAGGGAGACGGUCAACUAGUAUCCAACAUGUACGCAUACAUCUGUAGACGACUACCUUAUUUCAGUAAUAUACUUUUGCACGAAUAAAAUUAAGAAAUGACGCGUAUAUACUUUGAUAACCUUUGACAGUAUCUACAUGUAGAAAUAUUCAAGAAAAAAUGUACCACAUGUUCUUUUUUGUAAUUUUUUGCUUUUUGUAAUUAUAUUAGAUUAAGAUUCUAUUUGUUGUUGGUUACCCAAAAACUAUUCACAUAAUAUCUUGAUAGAAAUUUAAGAAUUGCGUAGGUACUUUAUUACAGAUACUUAUCCGCAAUGAAGCCGCUGCUUGUCAUCCUUGUUGUAAUAUGGAAUGUGGAGUACAUAAGAUCUGAGCAAAUGAUGCUCGACGCAAGACUUGAACAUUGCCUUUGGAAUACGAGUAAAGCGAACGGUCCAUACGAAGCCUACUUUCGUAACCAAAUAAAAGACGAGUACGCCCGUUUGCAAAUAGUAACCGGAUUAACACGAUACCAUUUGUCAGUAUUUGGAAAUUAUCAUAUAACUCCGACUAAUAAUCCCAGCUAUAAUGCGUUUCUAAUCUGCUCCUGGCACACUUACGGAUAUUUGCAUGGUACUGAAAUAAUAUAUGAUAGCAUUGAAAUGGCUCUUAAGGAAGCAUUAAUUCGUGCAGUUGGAGCUAGCGGUCCAGGCACACAGUUGAGCAAGUUACAGGCCAGGAAUAUCGUGAGGCAAUGUAGAGACGUUUCACAACAAUACAUCGCAACUCGUAUAAUUCAUGUUCAAAACUGUAUUCAUAGAAACAUUGGAUAUCUAAAAUCUUUGUAACAUGUCUUACCAAAAGACGUCGAGUGUUAGUACUUAAAUGUUAGUAGAAAUUGUUUUAAUACAUUAUAUUGUAAUAUUUAUUAAAAAAAGGUAUACAUA